UUCGGAGUGGAGUGCUCGCAAUCAAAGCGACACGAUGCGAAAGUUGCUGAAGCAUAGCGGUUCCGCAUCUCGUGACGGAAAUGCGAGGUGAGGCACCGAGUAUCUCACCGGGUUUAUGCGGAUGCGGCGGAUGCCCCUAUCCGAAAGGCAGUAACAUUGCCUUGGGUAUUUUCCCCGUGCCGAGCCUCGUUUGGCCCCAAAGCACUCCAAGCAUCUCGGAACACUCCAGCACUUCAAGCCCCAGACGAAGGUUUGAGUUUGGGCCAUUUCCUUCGUCCAAACCGCUGUUGCCACCUCCAAGCCACGCGGCGCCGACCGCGUCGACCGCUUCCCGACCUAGUGGGCAGAAUUCGCGGAACCUCGAGGAAUACUUGAAGCGUAUGCAGAUGAUUGGAGAGGCAAAUCAGCAGCAGCUGGAAAUCCUGCAAAGACAUUGGGAUCUCAUUGGUGGUGCAGACAAUGACUUGGCGGUAUUAAAGAAAGAGCACAUGCUUUUGAAGCACAAGCAGCUCAGUCUCCUCCAAGAGGUGAAUAGAUCAAUUUCUGAACUGCAGGAGAGACUUCACAGAGAAACUUCACAGCAAACUGCGUUGUCAGCACAGCCAGCACAGCCACAGCGCCAUCGCUCCGCGCUGAAAGCGGAGAGCUUCGAAAAUGAAAGCCGAGACAUGCGAGACAUGCCUUUUCGAGUCUUAAUCGUUGGGGCCGACGGGCUUCUAGGGCGAGAGCUUUUCAAAAAGAGACGAUCUUCUGCCUGGAGAUCCUCAAAUUUAGUGCUGCAAGGUAUUUCAAAUCGUUCGAACCUUAAAGAUCAAGAGAUCGUCACUUGCGAGCUUGGCUUUUCAGCUUUGCACUCUCAGAUGCAAUCCUUCAAACCUCAUGCUGUUCUACACUUGACUGGCACUCAGCUUGACGAGUUGGAGAAUGGUGACUUCAUUGCCGCUACCUCGGCUCUCGCUUCAGCCUGUGAUCUUUGUGGCGUUUUGCUCAUCCAUCUAAGCUCUGACAGCGUUUUCGAUGGAUUCAUGGGGCCAUACUCGGUCGAUGCCGAACCACGACCUACAACUCAGCAUGGUCAAUUGCAUCUUGAAGCAGAGCAGCUGAUUCUUGGAGGCCAU